AAGAGGGCAAAACGGUGGGGGAGGGCAGGCCUAGAAACCCCUUUUGUUCCUAAAGCGGAUUGGGCACUCAUGCUUAUAGUACUGCAGUCGCGGCUACAUUUGGUCCUCCCUGAGGAGACACCAAAACCUCAGGAAAAUCUACCACUAGGAGAAACUAAGGCUAAAAGGAGAAACUGAGGCAAGAAGGUUGUGGCUGUUUCUCCUAGAUGCAGUUCCGCGUCUCAGUCCUCUACUCCCCGACUCAGCGCCCCUAUCGUGGCCACUGCAAGGUGCAGCUAGCUUUGCAGGUGCCUAGCUCGAGGCGGAGCUUAGCUGGGCAGGACCAGGAUGCAGAUCCUGGAGGAAGAACUCACAGGUGUCGCUGCGUCCCGGCCAGGCUGAUCUGCGGGCUGGGCCUGUGACCCUCAGCAAGAAGGUCUGGCCGAAGCAUGGAUCUUGGGUCCUCCGACCUGCUGGAUGUGUUCCUGGAGCCCCCAGAAGAUAUCUUCUCCGCAGGGUCCUUCGUGGAGCGGGGCUUCACCUGUUCCCUUCCGGAGGUUCCAGAGACCAGGCUCCAAGAACAAGGACGGCAAGGCUGGGACCCCAGUGGGGGCCACUGCUGUUCCAAUGUGGGCCUUCAAGAAAGUGAGUCUGAGGAUUUCCUGAAGCUUUUCAUCGACCCCAAUGAAGUGUACUGCUCCGAAGCUUCUCCUGGCAGUGAUAGUGGCAUCUCAGAGGACCCUGGCCACUCAGACAGCCCCCCAGGCCCACUGGCACCUGGUUCUCCUGCCCUGUAUGAGGUCAUCUAUGAAGCAGGGGCUCUUCAGCAGGCGCAGGGGGAAGCUGGGCCAACCUUAGGGCUUCUCUCCAUCCAGCUAGAUCAGUGGAGCCCACAGUUGGUACCUGAUGCCCGUGUCGCCCAUGAGCUGAUCUUUGAUGCUCGUACCCACAUCCUGCCCACUGCCAUGGCCUCAGUACCUCCAGCCACCCUGCUGCCCUGCCAAACCCUGCUCUUGACAGAUGAGGAGAAGCGGCUACUGGGGCAGGAAGGGGUUUCUCUGCCCUCUCAUCUGCCCCUUACCAAGGCAGAGGAGAAGGUCCUCAAGAAGGUCAGGAGAAAAAUUCGGAACAAGCAAUCAGCUCAAGACAGUCGGCGGCGGAAGAAAGAAUAUAUUGAUGGGCUGGAGAGUAGGGUAGCAGCCUGUUCUGCACAGAACCAGGAGCUGCAGAAAAAAGUCCAGGAGCUGGAGAGACAUAAUGUCUCCCUGGUGGCGCAGCUCCGUCAGCUACAGAUGCUCAUUGCUCAGACCUCCAACAAAGCUGCCCAGACCAGCACCUGCCUUCUGAUCCUUCUCUUUUCUCUGGCUCUCAUCAUCCUGCCCAGCUUCAGCCCUUUUCAGAGUCUACCAGAAGCUGGCCCUGAAGAAUACCAGCCUCAUGGAGUGAUUUCCAGAAAUAUCCUAACCCACAAGGACAUGGGAGGAAGUCUGGAGGUUCCAGUAAUCGAGUCGCCUGGCGUCCAGAAGGCAAAUGGCUCAAGGAUCCCACCAGAGAAGACAGGCGUAAAGACUGGAUCCAGGGGGUACCUCAGAAGUGUGCGUGCAGAUGAGAUGUGAGCUAGGGCAGAGAUCUUCUCAGUCACAGUAAGGAAUCUAGGGUGCUCCUCAGGCUCUGCUUCCAACAAGAAUUCCCACUCACUAUCUCUUCCCUUAGGGAUCUGAAUCACUUAACACCCUGGGACAGUGAUAAAAGUUUUCAACCAUGACAGACAGCCCACUGCUACAUGCAUGCCAUAGGUUCGCCACACUGCCCAGGAGAUGUCUGUAUCCUGAAGCCCAGUUUCCCAAAUGAGUGUGCAUCCCAAAGACUUUAUGUAUCUGUGAUUUUUUUUUUUUUUUUUUUUUUUUUGGUACCAGGAAUCGAACUCAGGAUGUCAUGCUUGCCUGGCAGACACUGUGCCGUUGAGCUUUAUCCCCAGCCCCUAUGUAUCUGUGAUUUUAUUACUUCUUUGGGGAUAGGGUUUAGGGAAACAGAAGCUUUGACUGAAAAAUAAAACUUUCUAGCUAAAACUGCAA